UCCACAGAAGCAAGCCUCACCAUCGUUUGGGGAAGUCGCGUGGCGGUUAGCUAGUGGAGUUACCAACCCAACCCGUGUCCCCUUGUCGGAUCCGGGCGCGCGACCUCGUCGCCGGCCGGCCGGAUCGCCGCCGCCGCCGCCGUAGAGAUGGACCCGGAAGCGGUGCGGAGGAGCCUCGAGCCCACCGCCUUGUCCAAGGAGGUCGUCGGCCCCGCCUCCGCGAGCCUGCGCUACGACGCCUUCGCCCUCACCGGCGUCCGCAUCGACGCGGCCGAGCACGGCCGCCUCCUCUGCUCCUUCGUCGUCACCCCGCGCAUCGCCAGCCCGGCGGGGUACCUCCUCAGCGGCGUCACGGCGACGCUCGCCGACCAGCUCGGGUCGGGCGUGUUCCUCUCCAGCGGGAUCGGGACGAGCGGUGUCUCGCUCGAGCUCAACCUCUCCUACGUCGACGUGGCCAGCAUCGGGGUGAAAACAAAUUGUGCCGUCGAUGCUGCGGUUCUGUCGAAAUUUUGUGCAUUUGGUGCUUAUUUGUCAAAUUAGGCCUCGCCGAAUUGCUGGGAGCCUGAAACAAUGAGAUUAGGCAAGUAGUUGCGAGGCUUUUCUCCGAGUGGGCUCGUGUUUGGCAGUCACGUUUGGCAAGGAAGGGGGAGUGGUACCCAACAAUAAUACCAUUGCGGUUGGUUAAAACUAUUGCAGGUGUCUAGCGUUCUUGUUGUUUGUAUUAGUGAUCCUUGAUCAAGUUCUGUCACGAUGCUGGGAUGCUUUGCAGGUGAAUGCCAAAUGAGGGCAUGAGGUUGUUGUCGUGGAUGGUUGGUACGAGUGCUACAGCAGUUGUUAAGGACAGCUUUGCGUCUUAGCUGAAUCUGCCACUGAGUACCCCAAAGAGAGAGAGAGAGGGAGAGAAUAUGUAGUAGUAGUUGGUUUUCCUUUGUAAGAAUUGCUCAAAGCAGGAACUAGGGGUGAACCAGGGUAACAAUUACUUUGAACUUGAUGGAAGUUGUUGAAUUCUCCUAGUUUUCUGGCUCCAUGACAUAAAUUAAGAUUCUGCCUAAAUCAGAUAUUUUGUGUGUGGGCUCAUGGAUUUUUUUAGGGUGCAUACAGCUUUUUAUAGCGCAAGUACUUUGCUGUUGUUAGGGUGUGGCACAGCAUUCAUCAGAGUAUUAUCAGUACUUCCUCAUGAGAGAUUAAACAUAUUCAUAAUAAACAGAGGCUCCAAUUGUGCCAUUGGUGAUCAUCAUGUUGGAGUUAUUUUCCGUAAGUGUGGUCACAUCAAUCUAAAGUCUGUGUCUUUAAUCUAGUUAUUAGUUAGGACACAUUUUUGUGAUUUGUGGUUCUCUUAUGGUGAUUUGAAUGCAAUUUUCUUAGUGAUUUGCCCAUCUUGGAUGUUGGAUGUCUCUUGGACUUGUAAUACUUCUUGUAAUGAAUUUGAAUGCAUUUUUCCUGCAUUAUUUUCAUAUUAAUCAUUGAGUGACGGUGCUUUGGUAUUCUGAUAGCAUAUCUAAACAGUGUACUUCUAAUCUCUUCAUUUCCUCCACCUACGUGUCCAUUUUUCACUGUUUGAUAUGCUUAACUAUUGUUGUAUGUGGAAGUAUAUAAGUUGAUGGAAAUAGUGUUGUGAAGAGUAAUGACCUUGAGCCUUAUGUGCUCAAGAAUAGUGCAUAUGCACAUGUGUGCUUCAAUAUCUUCCAUAAACGGGCACAAUAAAUUCUAGGACUGUCUUGGGACAUGAGAUAAUGUGCAAGCGUGCUAUUUCUUCUUUGGAAUAAGUAAAUAUUCAGCAGAUUAAAAAAAAACUCCCUAAAGUUUUUUGCAAUCUCAUAUUUGUAUUUGUCUAGAAAGGUGGAAGGUAGUAUUCUAAUGGGUUAACGUUGGUGAACAUGGAGGAUGACAGCCCAAUUGUUUAGAUUAAAAAAAAGGGUCAUUACUUCUUACCUUUCACCUUUAGGUCACUUUUCUACUGUAGGACAAUAGGUGUGUAGUCUCUAGGCAAAAGGGGUGGUUCAGGACUAGAAGUGAAUGCGCCUGCAUUCCUUUUGUGAUUUCCUUUUUCCUUUGUUGGCACUCAAGGAUAAGUUGAGAUCAAAACUUGCUGGCUAAAACAUCGUUCCUGGUACCAGUACAGGAUAUUAGAAUUUGACUAGCAGUGUUGCUGGCAAAAUGCCUGGUCGAAUAUAAGAGGUAACCACACCAAUUGUUUCUACCUGUCCAUUAUUUUGUGAAAAAAUAUAUAUAGCUUGUUAAUUGGCUCGAAAUUGGAUGAAAAAAAUGUAGAUUUGGUUAAUUUCUUCUGAUUCUUAUGACAAGGUGUUUUUAAUUUUCCAAUUAUCUUCGCUUUCCACUACUGUGUUGACUCAAGAAGUUGUUUGACAUUUCCAUUAACUGCUUUUACUUUGG